AUGAGCGAAAGAAGAAUUAAUCUUCCAACGAAAGAAACUUCGCUAAUUCAAAACUAAUCAAAUAAUUAUUACAGGUCUCACACUCUUCUUGAUGUAAAUCGCACUAGUGUUCAAAAAAGCUUUCAAAAGCAUAGGGCUGCUAAAAAGUUUAGUUUUGUAUAAAAUAAUUAGGAAAGCUUCUAGAUAGUUUCAAAGAAAAAUUUAGAUAUUGAUCAUUCAAAGAAAUAAUUAUGUUAAGAAUUGACUUUUGAUAAUGGCCAAGUUAGCAAUAUGAAUAUUGAUGCUUUACACUAAGAAGGAAAAAGCGUGUGCUUACUUAAAUAAAUGACUUAAGUACUUAUCAGCGAAGCGAUAGAAAUACUUUGA